AAGGAUCACCGAAAAUAAAUAAAACAAAUGGUGUUCGUGUUCUUUCCAAUGCAAUCUUGGAACAAGAGGAGAACGGCUCGAAAACCACCGUUUUGAUCAACUAAUUAGAGCAGUUCUGUGCCGUACGCGGACCGAAAUAACUCGCUGUGUGCGGAGGAUGCGCGCAGCAUGCAGUUGGGGGUCCUCGCGUUUCUGAUCGCGAGGCAUGGGCCCGAAGAACAGGCGACCGCCCAGCCGCCGCGAGUACAAGUCGCUCUCCAAGGAUGCUCUCCGGCAGGAACUCAGAUCUCGGGGUAUAAAGUCGACGGGAAAAAAAUCGGACAUGGUGAAGCGGCUGGAGAAGUGGGACCACGAACGAAUGGCAGACACGAGCGACGCGGGGCUGACGAUGCGGCAGCGCAAGACCUCUGAGUCCGAAGGCCCGGCCAGCAACGGGGGCUUGUCUGCCUUCGGCUCGGCGGGCGAGGGUGGGGCCUUCGCGGGAUUCACGAAGAUGGAGAUGCUCAACGACUGCGUGGACCGCAAGAGCCUCGUCCUGUGGAGGCGCCCCGCCAUGACCGUGCGCUACUUUGUCAGCGAGCUGCUCGUUCUCACCUGGGAAAUGGGCUUCAGAUUGUGGAGAAACAGGAGACAUGUCAUGGCGGCCCUCUUGGUGCUGCUUCUUUGCAUGCUAGCCUACUGUUUCGAGGGAUCUCAUCAAAGGUACAUCACGUUUAUAGAGAAGAAGGUGCUGUGGUGUGCCUACUGGGUGGGCCUGGGCGUGCUGUCGUCCGUGGGGCUGGGGACGGGCCUCCACACUUUUCUACUUUACCUGGGUCCGCACAUAGCUGCAGUGACGUUGGCAGCCCACGAGUGUGGAUCCGUAGACUUCCCAGAGCCCCCCUACCCUGACGAGAUCAUCUGCCCAGAGGACUCUGGUCCUGGGAGUGGGGGCACCAUAGGCAUUUUGAAAGUGAUGAGCAAAGUGAGGCUGGAGGCAUUUAUGUGGGGGGCAGGUACAGCCCUAGGUGAACUGCCUCCUUACUUCAUGGCAAAAGCUGCCAGGCUUUCGGGCAACGAAGACCUCGAGGACCUGGAAGAGCUAGAAGAGCUCAUGGAAAAGGAAAAGUCCAAGGACCUGUCCUUCCUGGACAAGGCCAAGCUGGCCGUAGAGAAGCUGGUGGAGAGGGUGGGAUUCCUCGGUAUCCUGGCCUGUGCGUCGAUUCCGAACCCGCUGUUUGACCUGGCGGGCAUCACUUGCGGCCACUUCCUGGUGCCCUUCUGGACCUUCUUCGGGGCCACCCUUAUCGGCAAGGCCAUCAUCAAGAUGCACAUCCAGAAGCUCUUCGUCAUCAUUGCCUUCAACGAGCACCAUGUCGAGCUCUUGCUCAAGACCCUCAGGUACAUCCCGUAUGUGGGCAAGUUCCUGCAAGCCCCGUUCAAGGAGUUCCUUGCCAAGCAGAAGGCCAAGCUGCACCGCAAAGUGGGCGCAGAAGUGCCGCAGGAGGGCUCCCUGCUGUCCUGGCUGUUUGAGAAGCUCGUGAUGGCCAUGGUGGCUUAUUUUGUGCUCUCCAUCAUCAACUCCAUGGCCCAGAACUACCACCGCAGACUCUCCAAAGGCCAGAAGGGCCCCCAGGGGCCGGCCAUCCUCCACAAGGUGGCCACCAGUUGAGGACCGGCCGUGGUCACGGCGGAACGUGCGGCCUGCGAGGUGGUGCUGUUGUCGGACUUUGGACUCUGUUGUCGCUGCUUUCGUGGAUGGGGGGGGGUUGCUCGUGCUAUACUCCAUUUCCCGAUAACGUGGCGAACUGUGGAGGCUGCAGCCUUCGCGACACAAUAAGAGCGUGUGAGCAAGGCACGCAACAACACUUCAUGGUCGAGGCCACAAAGACCCUGUUACCGUCACGGCAAAAAGUAAUUCUAGGAUUUUCUCUUUUUAACGACAAUUGAAUUUGCGCGAUUCUAUCUUUAUUGAGAAUAUAUUAACAGUAAGAAAGAAAUAUAAAACUGACGCUGCAUUCAUGUCCGCUUCCGAUUUCUUUUUCCUGUGGCGUUGUGGAUAUUGGCGACUGCAGACAUGUAAUCGACCACUUCCGCUCAAAACAUUGCCCUGGCACUAGCACUCGCCACAGACUCACGGGUAAGUUGAACGUAUCGCUGUCUCAUGAACUGUUCCCGAAGAGCUCGCUACUCUAGGCGACGGCGAUGUUGUGGCGGUGGUCGUUCAUCCGAAGUUUGUUGGUUUUGCAGCGGACGACUCUUGGUGAGCAGACGACAGCCAGUUCCUCCGAGCCUCGCAUUUGGUUCAGUGACACGCACACUCUCGCGACAUUGUGUCAUGUGCCUUGCUCCGACGCUCUUAUUGGGUCGUGGGGGCCGUAGCCUCCACAGUUCGCCAAGUUAUCGUGAAGCGGAGUAUCGUAGCGGCAUUUUAGUGUCCUCCGAACUUUGAAGGAAUCUUUUUUUUUUUUGAAAAGAACCUACUAUGCUUUGCUCAUUCUCAACAACCCUCCUCUUUUUUUUCUUAGGUCUAAAUUUUGUUUGGGAGGAACAGGAGAAUGGUUUUGAACGAUACAUUGGAGGGAGUUUUGUUCACUGCAUUUUCUCUUACAUUUUUUUGUUUUUGGAAGUGGACAUUGUUUUUCUUUUUGUCAUACAUUUGUUUUAUUUUGACUUCAAGAUGAACAGAAACUUUUCCUUUUUUUCUUUUACCAUCUUUGUACAUAGUGUACUUUAACAAAUAGAGAAACUGUUGUGCAUCACAACACGGUUAUGUCUCCUGCUUUGAGUGUCUGUCCAUGUGCCUCGUUCCUACGUUUUGCUUCUCACCCAGACUUCACAUUGCUUCGGACUGUUGCGUUGCGUGCCUAUAAUUCAGCUUUCAAGGCCUUGUUCCGGUUUGCAUGUUGCGUGCCGGGACGCCUGCCCGUCUGUUAUCGGUGCAGCUGUUGAUUACGUCUGACCCUGUUCUCCUAGAAUAAACUGCUCCAGAAGAUAGUGGCCUAAACAUAAUCUAAAGUGGAUGGACUGUUGUGAUGAAGACGUUGGCACUCCGGGUAGGCAGAAAAACGGUCCAUUGGCUUCUUGUCAAGAAUUUUACCGAAUAGGUUGCACCUCCGUGCAAAGUUUUAAAACAGCUCGUGCAUAAUUUCAUUUAUUUGGGAUGCCACUGUAAAGUGUUUUGCCUGAAACAAGUGCAUGAUGAAGUCUAAGUGUUUGUAAUGGCGCAGCCCAUGCGGUUAUGACAUUGCCUUCGACGGAAUGUUGGGCGAGCCAUUCUUCAUAAUGACCGUGUGGAAAGUUCGUAGCUCUCCUGCACGAAACAAGUUGCCACAUUGGCGGUGCCACCAUGUUUGCACUACAUGUUGCAUCUGCCUCACCUCACGGAGGUCCAGAAUGGUUUGCAGCUGCCGCUCACACUGGCAGUUUUGCGAGCUGUCUAGCUCGUGCCGUCCCAGAGACUGCCGUCUCAUUGCUAGCUUGGAGUUCUGCUGUUAAAACUGAGGGAACACUUCAAAAACUACAGGAAUGAUUUCUUUUUCUAAUGAUGUAGUUUUUUUUUUUUUUUUUUUGCAAGAGUUGUUUGGGACAUGAUGGCCUCUCCUACCCUGCCCUUUCCUAUCACAUUCCCUUGUACCUUAGAGAGGAGGGGGCUUCGGUAAAGGCAUACGCCGAGAACUUGGGGAGGAGGAGACGAGUGUGCGGGGACAUUAGAAUGUCAAGUUCUGAUUGGAAUGAUUAGGGGGUAGACCUAAAGCUAGCUGCCUUUGUUUCCACUGCACCCGUCGAAUGCAUUGAAACGCAGAACUCCGUUGUCUGGCUUUUGCAUUCGAAUGUGUCGGGUGUAGUGGAGACAAGGGCAGCCAGCUUUAGGUCUACCCACUAAUCACUCUGAUCAGAACUCGGCGUUCUGACAUCCCCGUGCACUCUCGUCUCCUUCUCUCCCUCAGUUUCUCGGCACAUUCCGGCGUUCCGAAUCGCAUGCAAAAGUUGUUCCGCCGGAAGCUGCAAGAGAAGAACGGGGAAAAAAGCAGACUACUGCAACUUGGGGCAUUCCCUCUAGACACUUGUUUGUAUGGAGUGCAGAGAAAUGCACUCCUGACUUGUAAAAACAAAAACAAAAAAUAUAUUUAAUAAAAGAGAAAUAUACACCUUGA